UAGACUUUCAUUUGAAUAUAGCAUAGAUUAUUCUUUACGGCGACCCCGAGAGCUGCGGCGGCGCGUAUCUGAAUGUUGUCCAAUCCUCCAUUCCGGCCGGCGGCUGCACGGAACUUUGCUCCAAAACUAACACCGUUUGUGGUAUUCUGUCAACGAUUCUUCUUCUUCCUCUUCGUUCACUUUUCUUUGUCAUUGAUUUCGGUUCGUAUCCCUCGCGAAGAGGAAGCUUGACAGUGCUGAUUUCUUUUGGUUUCCGAUGGACUUCCUGUUCUGAGAUUUUUAAUUUCAACCGAUGACUACAAGAAUCUGAGAUUUUUUUUUGCUGAUGAUCUUCUUCCACAGAUUCGUAAUGGAAUUUUAAUUUCGGUUGGCGCUUGAAAACCCUAGAUCCCAAUAUCGACUCCGGUUUGUGCGGUUGCGAACUUGAUGGAUUCAAGUAUUGCUAUUGGCAUCGUAAUUCUCAGUAUCAGCUUGAUUUUGAGUCGUGUCCUUUAUGUUUUAUAUUGGAGCGGUAGGGCCCUUCCAAACAAAAGCUUGGGAUCUGUCAGUACCCUCAUUGUCUUAGGCUCAGGGGGUCACACGGCCGAAAUGCUCAAUGUGUUGUCUGUGCUGCAGAAAGACUCGUUUUCUCCAAGAUUCUACAUUGCUGCUGCUGCUACCGAUGACAUGAGUCUUCAAAAAGCUCGCACAUAUGAACAUCAACUGGCUCAUAAGACUGGGGCUGAGGUAGACAAGAUCCGCACAGUUCCUAGGGAAGUAGGACAAUCGUAUUUCACUUCUGUUUGGACAACUUCAAUUGCCACACUCAAUGCACUCUGGCUAAUGCUUAAAAUUAGACCUCAAGUGAUUCUCUGCAAUGGCCCUGGUACCUGUAUCCCAUUAUGCGCAAUUGCAUUCACAUUCAAGGUUGUGGGGAUUAGAUGGUCAUCAAUUUUUUAUGUGGAAAGCAUUGCAAGAGUGAAGAGAUCAUCAUUGAGUGGGUACAUUUUAUACAAGUUGCACAUGGCUGAUCGGUUCUUUGUGCAAUGGCCACAACUGCAGAGAAAAUAUCCCCACGCUCACUACGUUGGUUGUCUCAUGUAGUUGAUGAUAAAAAAACCAUACAGGUUAGGAGAAUUUUAUGGUUCCUGCAGCUUAAAUUUGGUCUGAAUUUGUCAUGCAGCUUUGAAAUGUAACUUGAAGGGGAAAAAAAAAUCAAAGUUUCUGAGCCAUGACAGCAGUUUUGCCCCGUUUUAGAUAAGAUUUUUCUUAACAUGCAUAGCAAAUCUCUCUUCCUGGAGUGUUGUAUUUAUAAUGUUGAGGAUUAUUGGGGGUGAGUCCCACGUGAUCUAAUGGGUUUAUAAGUGAGAAAUACUAUCUCCAUUGGUACGAGACUUUUUGGAAAA